AUGGAUGAGCAUGUGCAAGGCUCGCCUCCCGCCGGCAAUUUGCUGUCCAUCGGAUCCGCAAUGGUCGUGAAGAGUACUGCAAGGACAAGUCGCCGCUUCAGAGACAAACCUUGUUUAGCGAGGUCUGGUGUACGCGAUAGCGCUUGGUUUGACUUGGAAGUUAAGUGCCAUUUGACAGGUUCCCUGUCAAUCCUAAGAAAGGGUGGUAAAAGUAAGUUCGAGAUGGACUGUGCAUAA